UCUCUCUCUCUCUCUCUCUCUCUCUCUGUUGGAUUGCUGAAAGAUUUUACGUUUUUUCUUGAUUGUUGCAGAGGGAAGACGAGCUGGUGAAGGGAUUCUGGAUACUUCUGCGACCGAGAGGACCGGCAGUUUGGCGAGAUGAAGGGUAAGAAGAGCCGUGUGAAGUGGGAUGAGGAUAAUUUGGGUGAGAUAGAAGCAAAUAAACCCGUUAGGCAGAAAAUUACAGAACCCAAGACGCCGUAUCAUCCCAUGAUUGAUGAUGAUGGUUCGCUAUCUCCAAUGCGGGGUCAUUUUGAUGAGUGUGUCGAUGAUCACGCAGAAGCUAUACUUACUGCUCUAAAUGACGUGGCUUCUUCAAGUACAAAAACUAAUCAACGAUCCGGUGGCUGGACAUCAUCUGAGGACGAGGGAGAUGCUAUGGAACCAGAUGAUGAAGAUUCGGAAACUGACAAGAGCGGGAUGACCUUCAGGGAGCACAGGCGGGCGCACUAUGACGAGUUUUUGAAAGUGAGAGAACUCCGGAAGCAAGGCUCUUUGCUCGAGGAAGUAGAAGAGGAUGCCGAAUACAUGGACAAGGACGAUGGCGCGCGUGAUUCCUCCUCAUCUUUAAGCGCUGGCGUGAAGGACAUAGAGAUCGAGGACGGCACAGUCUCGUCGUCGGGGCCUCCGGCUAACGGGGCUUAAAAGGGCUCCACAAAAAGAUUGAGCCAAGACUCGAAGCUUACUGUUUUUCUUGUGAUCUUGUUGUAUGUUGGUUAUAUUUCGCACAAUCUUUGCUGUGUACAGGCAAAUGACCCUUCUUCCCACCUCGCGUGGCACUCUUGCCUUGCCGGUUUCAUCGAGCCGUCUUCUCGAUACGGCCGAAAACACUUCUCAAGGUUUUUCAACAUCGAACUACAAAUAUCCGUGUAUUCUCUUCGUA